CGUGCGCGAGUGCGUGCUACGGCUUCAGCCUGUCACUCUCGUUGUGCCGCGGCGCGAACACGGGUAGCAAGAAGGACCAAAAAUCCGCCUGGUAUCAGUUGUUGUCCCUGGAAAGACUGUUUCCCCCCCAUCACUAGAGACACCUCUCUUGUUUUAAAGUGCGUCUGCUCUUCAAGGAGAAUAGCUGUGACACAUUACAAUGCUUCAAAUAAGGGACCUCAUCUGGGGAUUGUUAUUCAUCGGCUGUGCAGCUGCCAUUCAGGUGGAAAUUACUCCACCACAAGGGGAGAUCAGCGUAGGAGAUUCCAAAUUUUUCAUCUGCGAAGUGGUAGGAGAUGCUAAAGACAUAGACUGGUACGCUCCCAGCGGUGAGAAGAUCCUUCCCAACAGGGCAGACAUUUUUGUGAGCCGCAGUGAUGAAGCCACGUCGACUCUCACCAUAUACCACGCCACCGUGGACAGUGCUGGCAUCUACAAGUGUGUGGCAAAGGAUGGAGACAAGGAAGCCCAGGCCACUGUCCAAGUAAAGAUCUUCCAAAAGAUCACCUUCGAGAGUGCUCCCAACCCGCAGGAGUUCAUCGAGGGUGAUGAUGCUGACAUAGUCUGUGAUGUUGUCAGUUCACCACCACCCACUAUUAUUUGGAAGCACAAGGGCUCCAAGAUCCAACCUGCCAAAGAUGUUCGAUUUAAGAUCAUGGAUAAUGGCCAUCUGCAGAUCCGCAGCAUUAAAAAGACAGAUGAGGGCACAUACACUUGUGAGGCUCGUGUCAUGGCCAGGGGAGAAAUUGACUUCAAGACUAUGAAGGUCAUUGUUAACGUGCUUCCCACCAUCCGUGUCAGGCACCCAGGAGUCAACGCUACAGCAGACGUUGGUAAAUCAGCUUUACUGGCUUGUGAUGCAGAUGGCUUCCCGGAACCCACCGUUACUUGGGCACAUAACGGUGUUGUCCUUGAAGACGGCGAUAAGUACAACCUCAAUGAGGAUGGUUCAGAAUUGUUAAUAAAACAUGUCACCAAAGUGGAUGAAGGAGAUUACGCGUGCAUCGCCAAGAACAAGGCGGGAGAGAAAACGGAGGAAGUCAGCCUAAGCGUGUUUGUCCAACCCAACAUUACCUACUUGAGUAACCAAACUGCUUCGGAGUUUGAUGAUCAAGUCAUCCUGACAUGUCAGGCUUCCGGUGACCCAACACCUACAAUUUCCUGGAGUUUUGGAAACAAGGUCUUCACUGAAGGAGAACAGAGCCUUGAUAGAAAUGUGGUGGUGCGCAGUCAUGCGCGGGUGUCCUCUCUCACCUUGAAAAAUGUCCAGUUCACAUAUGCCGGACAGUACCUCUGCACCGCCAGCAACUCCAUCGGCCAGGACGCCCGACACAUGUACCUGGAAGUCCGAUAUACUCCAAAGAUCCUGGGUUCGGUGACAGUAUAUACAUGGGAGGGAAACCCGGCCAACAUCAGUUGUGAGGUGGAGGCUCAUCCCGGAGCCUCGGUGGUUUGGUUCAGAGAUGGCUUCCAGCUGCCCACUGCCAACAGCACUAAUAUGAAGAUCUAUAACACACCAUCCGUCAGCUACCUUGAGAUUACCCCUGAUUCUCAAAACGACUUUGGCAGUUACAACUGCACAGCGACCAAUGUGAUGGGUUCUGAAUCCAAGGAAUUCCUUCUUAUCCAAGCAGAGGUGCCGUCAUCGCCUGUAAUUCAACAAGUGGAGCCUUUCUCAAGCACAGCAGUGGUAAAGUUUGAGGAGCCUGAUUCAAUGGGUGGAGUGCCUAUUAUCAAGUAUAGAGUGGAAUGGCGUUUGCCUGGCCAGGACUGGACUGGCAAGGAGGAAGAUGUUGAGGAUGACAUGACCGGGAUCACCAUCACUAAUUUGAAACCAGAAACUACAUAUGAGGUCAGGAUGUCUGCCAUCAAUGGGAAAGGUGAAGGCGAGAGCAGCCAGGCCAGCACUUUCAAGACUGAGCCAGUCCGGUAUUCUGUCACAAUUUCAUCAGAGAUACCACCCCCUAUUGCUGCCACCAGUAUGGCCCGUAAAGGGGAACCCAGUGCUCCCAAACUGCAGGCCAAGGUGCACAGCCCGGGCAAUUCUCUUAAGAUCAACUGGAUCACACAAGAUAACGGUGGUUCCAAGAUUAAACAUUACCUGAUCAGAUACAAGGCUAAGCGUGUAUCUGACUGGAAACCAGAGCUCCGCCUUCCCAGUGACAGUACCUAUAUCCUCCUGAACAGCCUGGAAUGGAACACAGAGUAUGAGGUUCAUGUGGUGGCAGAGAAUGAGCAGGGCAAAUCUAAGCCCGGCAUCCUCGCCUUCAAAACAGAUACAGAGCCCACAACUGUCCCAGACGCCAUGGAAGGUGGCUCAGGCAUGGGCACCGGGGCCAUCGUAGGCAUCCUUAUUGUUGUCUUUUUCCUGCUGCUGGUGGGCGUGGAUGUCACCUGCUAUUUCCUCAACAAGUGCGGGCUCCUCAUGUGUAUUGCUAUUAACUUCUGUGGGAAAGCUGGCCCAGGCGCAAAGAGCAAGGACAUCGAGGAGGGCAAGGCGGCAUUCACCAAAGAUGAGUGUAAGGAACCUAUUGUCGAAGUGAGAACAGAGGAAGAAAACACUCCAAACCAAGAAGGAGGAGGUGCCACCGAGCCCAACGAGACCACGCCAUUGACAGAACCUGAUGGUAAGACUGUGAAGGAUGAUAACACUAAAGGCGAGGCAGAGGUGAAGAAUGCCACAGCUGAAGUGAAGACAGUUCCCAACGAGGCUCCUCAGAUGAAUGGCAACGAAAGUAAAGCGUAAUCUUCUUGCCCGUGAGCAGCAGGAAGAAGAGGGCACGUAGGGUUGGGGGGGUUCGGGUUGUUGGGUUUUAAGGUUAAAAGGGGUUGGUCACAGUCACUGAAACCUCAAAGCAAUUUCACACACCACCCCGUUGCAUUAGAAAAACCAACAAGAAGCAACUGAAAAAAAAUAAGAAAAAAGAAAAACAUUGGUCUCUUUCUCUUUCUGCGGUGUCUUCUGACCAGGAAUAUGUAAAGACCUCAUGCACUUGCCUUAGUUCCUUUACAUAAGUUUACCUGUUUAUUUGUCACAGAAAAAAAUAGAUCUCUUGUAAUUCACCUUCUUUCUUUGACUUAAUAUUAAAUUGAUCAGCAGAGAAGAAUCGACACUAUUUUCCUGUAGAUAAACAUGGUUGGACUGUAGCUUUACUUCACUGAUUACUGCCUUCAUGAUGUACACACAUGUAAGUCAUGUACAUUACCGAUACUACUAUUCUUUAUGCAGUAUGGUCAUCAUCGUGGUAAUGCAUUAUGAAAAAAUGGGUCUUUUUUUUUUCUUUUGUCGAUAUUUUUUGUGUUUGAAUAAUAUGCAGAUAAACUGCCUAUUUAGCUUUUUUCAUGUGUUAUUUCCAGUGCUAGAGAUUAGAACAUUAGCAUGCCUGAUUUUGCAAGUUUACUGUACUUCUGUAUGUGUUGCUGUCAUUUGGUUCAUAUUCAGACUUAUUUUUUUUUUUUGUCUCUGUGUGUUUCUGGUCCAGAUGUAGCCUAAGCCAUGAUAAAUGAAAGAAAAUUUAUCAUGUUAUAAGUGCUACUAUUAAUUGGUUUCAACCCUGUCGUCCUAAAAAUUACAUUUAUAUACAGCAAUCAUGUUUUUUAUAAGACACAUAGCUAAUGCAUGCUUACAAAUUAUUUUAUAGAUUUGCUCCGAGUUAAGGGGAAGUCUAUAAACAGUGCAUUAUUUGAAUUACAUGCAUCAACACGUUUGGGGUAAAAUACAGAAAAGGUGAUGACACAUACAUUUAGACUGAAUGUCUUUGUGCAACCUAAUUAUUAAGUUGCUUAUUAAGUGUAUAUAAACUUAAGUUUCAGGAGACAAGUUGGGUUUAAAUUAAGUGAUGACAGUGAAGAAUACAGAAGAGUACAAAUGUGUUCCUUUGCAGUGAUUACAUCUCUUAAAGUCCAGCUUUCAAGGCUGGAUGAAGUCUUGUUUCGUAGAAGAAUUACUACCUUAUUUUUGGCUGAAUUUGGUGAAAAGCUCUGUUGCAUACUCGAUAUCAUCAGUAUCCUAAAACCCACCAGUCAUUUAUUAAUACUGUUUUCGCUCUUCACCAGCUCAAGCAAGCUAACAUGUGACCAAAUGUAAUAGACGGAUUGAUCAUUGAUUAUAUAUUAAAUAAAUGGGACCAAUGAAAUGGGAUGCUACAGGAUGUAAAUAAUGGAAAUCUGACUUAUGGCCACUAUUUCUUCUGGGUAGUACUUUAGGUAAAUUAAGCUAUAUAGAUAGAUCUGCAACUAAUAUUUUACACUGUCUGCUCUCUACCUUACAUUGAAAAUAAUGCAACUUCCUGUGUAUAAUUUUUGGUCUCACUGUUUGACUAGAGCCAACCAUUAGUUUUAGUCCUUGUGAGUUUACCUUGGGGUAGGAAUCAGUAUAUAACAGAACACAAACCCAUGAACGUUUUUAGAUUAAUGGGAGACUAUACCUUUGCCUCCUUGUCUCUCACAUGCUGUCACUACAAAGUCACCUUUUACAGAAGUUUCCUUUAAGCAUUCUUGACCAGCUGUUUACGUGACAGCUUUGGGCUUAAAUGUGACUCAGAGGCCAGAUGUGUUCAGUUCAGUUUGGAUUAAAAGGAGAUGUUUGUUUGAACUUUAGCUUAGGGUUGUUAAAUAUUUGACACCGAUUUGUCUUGACUGGGCUAACCUCCAUCACUCACCGGGAGAUUCAAAAGCUCAGCUUGUUCAGAUUCGCUUACCUGUCAGUGAUUUAACCAUCUAAUCGUCUCAGCUGUUGUUUUUACACUUGCACCACAGCUGCACUCUGUGUGAGCUUGUGUUACCACUGCACUUACCAACAAAGUCUAGUUGCUGGAAUCUUUAUUAAAAAUGUCUGAAAGUUUGUAGAUGAGUUGGCUAAGUGAUCAUAUUGAGCUUUUUAUGUAACCAGUCUAUAAUUGUAACUGCUUCUUUCUAUUAGGAAACCUAAUAUCAAUUAUUCUCUGAUCAUUACAGAAAUUUGUGAGCAUGUACAGUACACAGACAUAAGCUGCUUGUGCAUAGAAACCCAUACCAUGAAGCUCCCGGUGCACAGAUUUUGUGUUAAUGCCAGAGGAGGUUUUAAAUUCUGCAGUUAUUGAGUCAGCAGAGCAUUGGCAGCAUUUACACUCUAUGCGUCUCAGCACUCAGCCGCCCCGCUCUAUAACUUUAUAGGGUCUGCCAAGUCAUGGCUGAGUGGCUGUGGUUGCUAAACCUUUCCACUUUGUAAUACCACUUACAGCUCAUUGUGGAAAAUCUAGGAGGGAAGAAAUUUCGCAAAUUGACUUGUUGCAAUGGUGGCAUCCUAUUACAGUAGGAACUGAGUGAGCGCUUCAGAAUGACCCAUUUUUUCACAAAUGUUUCUAAAGCCAGACUGUGUGGCCAAGGUGCUUGAUUUUAUACAUCUGCAGCAGUGGGUCUGAAAACUCCUAAAUUCACAGAUUUUAGACCAAUAAAAAUAUCCAAUCUGUCACAGACCAUAAGCAUUUCUAAAGACAAAUGUUGUGAUUAAAAUACUUGAUUAGUGACUUGAAAUGAAUGUACACUCUAACCUUUUUAUCAAAUCUUAAUGAACUUGGCUCUUUUAAGCAGGAAUUAAAUGUAUCCUUGGAAAUGAAAGAUCUCAUUAUAUGUUUAGAAGUUCACCGAAAACAUUUUUCCCACACUGCUAUGGAUUUGAAAGGUAAUGAGACUAUGUGUGACCUUUUUUGUACAGUGUUCCUCCUACUUUAGGCUGCAAGCUAGUACACUGAAUGUGUGAAGCCAUUGUGUCCUUUGUCAUAGAGUUGAAAUAGCUUGUGAAACAUGUAGCUGAUAGUAUGCGACAGAAUUAGCAACACCGAUGUACAGAAGUCUGACAGCAGCAAACUGGAACGACACAGUGCCUUUAAAUAUGGAAACGUUGGCAUGCGAUCAGUUUCUUUCAGUGUCUGCAUUAAACAUUUCACAUCUCCAUUUCCCUGCUGAUUUGCUUUUUCAUUUACUGCAUUUGAUUUGUUAAUUAAGCCGAGCUUUGUUGUCUCAUAUAAGUCUUAAAUGGCUGUAUCAUUGCGUUAUUAUGAGUGCUUACAGUGUCCUUGUUGAAGGAGAAUUCUGGUUUAUUAUAAUUUGGUCUUGUAUACAGUAUUUAUGUUUGGUCAUCACUUCUGUCAUAAUAAAUGGAAAUUUCAAAUGCAUAAAUACACACUUGGUGUAGAUCUUUAUAAUUAACCUCCUGUCAUAACUAAUACAAGUCAUGGCCAAAAUUGUAAGAGCUGCAAUCCUUGAAAACUUGCACCAUAUUACAAAGAUGUUUCGAAAACACUGACAUUGGAGUACAAGGCACAUUGACGCUCAGGUCUCACAUUCUCUAUAAUAUUUGAAACACAUUUGUCUAAAGCAAGCAUGCAACAUAUAUUAGAAGGAUACUAUUACGUAAUCACUUUUGCUAUGUAAAAACUAUUUAUGGCUUAAUGAAUUGCAUUGAUCUUGUGUUGUGUAACUUUGUCCUGUUUGCGCAAUUUUGCUUCAAAAGAAACGUGAUUUCCUUGCACAGCUCUGAAAUGUAAGUUUUUUAAAAGGGUGCGGUCUCAUGACCAAACCUCACUGUUUCCCCUGUGAAAGUAUUGUACAUGAAAACUUUUUCCACUCCAGUCACACCUCCUAAAAUUCAUUUGUGAAGUCACAUCGGGUGAGCCGCAGGCCUUUGUUCAAAACCUCAAAAAUACAAGAACGACACAGAAGCAGCCUUGGAUUUUUCCUUUGACUCCACCACUUGAUUCAGUCAGAAUAAAGACAUCUAGUUCUACUCAAGGAGUUUUUCAGGUUUUCAGAAAGAUGAAAAGCAUCCUUUCAAGGUUCUCUAUCUCACAGAGAAUAGAAUAAAUCCCCUGCACACAAAUGUCUAACCCCAAACUUCUUCCUAUUCAGUCAGACAGGAGCCUUCAGCUUCCACUGCCAACACUGGUCACUCUCUUUGAUCCAGAGCUCCCUAUUCUUUUUUUUUUUCUUAUGCUUUUUUUUGUGUGUGUAAACAUCAGCUCUAUGCUGCAGGUCAAAAAAUCUGUAGGCUACCACUCUUCUGUCUGUCUGCCCACUGUCGCAAUUGUAAAUACUGAAUACUAACUGAGGCAAAAAAAAAAAAGAAGGAAAAAACAUCCUGACCUUACAUUCUGCCGGAAAUUUUGUGUUCAAUAAAAUUAAAGGAAAAAUG